UUGUGAAGCCGUGGAUGGUUCGUACCCUGCCCAAGUUCAGCAACCCAGACGGCGUCCUAAACAGGCCAACUGUAGCGACAGUUAUCAUCGCGAGCCUGAAGUUGAGAUGCUAUAAGAGUCCAAUGGCUGCCCUAGAGCAUUGGUAGUUCAACUACGAAGCUUAUAUGAGUUUCAUGUCUUUAGUAGGAACAGAUUCACGCCUCAUUCCACGCUGGUCUGCGUACUGUCUGGAAUGUGACAUCUUAGCACGGUCACAAUGGAAGCUACACGGCUCUAACAUGCAACAUGGAACGCCAUCAGAAGAGAACCAUAUUGCAAGGUCCAACGAGUCGCUACGUUGCAGCAAGUGCGCCUCAUCCUCAAAUCUUUGUCCUAAUCGUUCAACUCUAUCGGACCAUGAUGGGCUAGUGCAUAGCUCCACCGUGCAUAUCUUCUCAAGUAGCGAUUCUGGAGCCCACAGUUUCUCCCCGACUGACGAUUCAUAUGGCUAUACACUUGAUGCUGAAUCUGUGGUUCGGAUGGCCAGACAAAAGAAUGAUUAUUCUAUGACUGAACCUCAUCGCCUAGUGGUGCCCGGAGAUGGAGACCCCCAGGUCGAAGCGAUAGGUCAGACAGAUGGAUACGCAUGUCUCGCGACACAGUGGCGAGAAAGGUCCAGAAGUAUCUGAGUCAUCAACAAACCCGAAGUUUCAGGGCCGAUUUGGAUGCUUCUUCAUGUCUUUGUGCAUAAUCAUAACCUGCCGAAUCACCCCCUUGCCCCGCUAUAUCCUAGCUGCCAGCUUACCCUAGGUUGCCCUUGAGAGAUAUGAUGUGUCCUAGGAGAUUGGGUGCAGUGAAUUGUAACAAUCGCCAGGUGACUAAAGCCAAGGUGGUGGCAUGAAGUCGCGUUUGUGCCCUUAAGCAAUAUCAAAUUGGAAUGUGUGUACAGUAGUAUGAUUGAGAGGUAGAGUGAUUCAGCGUGAGAUAAGAUUUUAUCGUUUCUGAGUUUCUGACUUUUACCUAUUCCCCUCACUCCAUUAUCUCGCUCUUGGCCACUUAUUGUUGAAACAGAUGGUAAAACGUGAAAAGCUGCGACAGGCUAAUGUUAAUCAUUUCUAACCCUUUCCAACCGAUCAACGUCCCAUCUUCCCA